UUGCUUGUAAGCGAUGAAUAAUUUAUUAUUAGUAUUAUUAUUAUUCGUAUGCAGUCAAUGUAACGUCAAUCGGGCAACAGAAUAUAUCCCCUGCGGACUGACAAGAUGUUACAACGUAGGUUACGAGGUAUGCAUUGGUCCGCCGGAAGCACGCACGGAAGCCGACUCGGACUGUUAUUCUUGUGACGCUUUAGCCCAAAUUGAGAAGUUGAACCCCUGUGACCCGGCGAGCAAGAGGCAUGGGUGCAUGAAAUACUGCACGGAUAAGGCACUUGAAGAACAAAGAAAAACAUGGGACCAGUCGCAAGAAAUCUUUACGCGAGCACUCCAAAACGAGCAAAUGCUUCGGGAAAGAAACCAUGCAGUCAUCGCCGGCCUUGUAUGUCUAGCUGCGUUGAUAGUUAUGAUGGCGGUGGCUUUCUGCAUGCGCAGAGAGAAUCAACGUAAUAGAAAACAAAAAGAAGAACGUGCGAAGUCGUCUUCAACUGCCCUUGUUCCAGUAUAUUCUGAUACUCAACUAACUACAGAAAAGACAGAAUUAAUAAAUGAAACAGAAAACAACAUUUCACCCGAACAAUUAUACAAAGUAACGGACAUGGGCACACCACCUGUGAUGCAACCGUUCGAUAGUAAUUAUACUGGCGUCACCACAGAAGCUAGAUCUGAUCCCCGCGAUAAUUCAAUAACAUAUAUCGUUUACCAACCCGGCACCUCUGGUUCAACUGAGCUACACGAUGGAAAAUGCCACGAUGAACGGUUAUGCAUUGUUUCUCCACAAUCUCAGGACCCUGGAAAGCUGUGCACAAGUUCGUCUUACUACAAACAGCCUACAUAAACCAGCUGACGAUUAUAGAGUGAUGGGUGCUUUUUACAAAUCCCAACUUUCGCUAGAUAAGGUAUUUUGACACUUGUUAAUGAUAAAAUAAUGUUUUUUUUAUUAUGCAUAAUACAUUCAUGUAUAUAUUUAAGUGCAUAGCAUUUCUAAUCACGAUGUUUAGUUUAUUAUUUUCAAAAGGACGCGGUUAUUUGAAUGCGCUCCUUGUUAUGCGUUCUAGCAUGUCUCGCAUAACUGACGUCAAGAGUGUAAUUUGCAUAAAAAAGGAUGUCACAUCACUGUUUUUGAAAAUAGGCGAACAUGUUAUUAAGCAA